GCUCGCGGCGCGCGUCUUCUCGAUGGCGCCAAACGGCGAGCUCGAGCUCCUCUCCUUCGGCGCGCGCGACGUGUGGCACCGAGGGCCGGACCCGCCGUGCUUGCGCCCGGACGGCAUCACGGAUGAGAGAGGAACACCCCGGGGACUUGUGGGACCUCCCCGUAGGUACCUGCGCCCGGACGACGUCAGGGACAACUGGGACGUGCCGGCCGGUGGCGCAGGGGAGGUGGUGGUGCGGAUGGCGGCCCUCUGCACCGACGUGCCCGCCGGCAACGCCGUCGCCCUCGGCCUCUCCUUGUACGACCCGACCCGCGCCGCCGCAAACAGCGACGUGGCAUUGCGCGUGGACGUCGGCUGCUGCGGCGCGAGCGCGCUGUGGCUGCCCGUCGUGGGGGCGAGCGGAGGAGCGGCACUUUGAGGAUUCCAUGAGUAUGUUGCGCGGCGGCGCGGGCCGCCGGCGCGCCCCCGCCCCUCCAACUUGGUCUUGGAACUUCGUGUUCGGGGCCGCAGAGAGAACUUUAGUGGUAGAGCGCGCAUCUUCAAUCUAGAGACUAGAGAGACAAGGAGGCCAUUUUACACGUGGACGUCAUUGCUCUGACACACACAAUCCGAAAUUCGGAGGCGACCGCAAACCUGAAACGGAUGCGCGUUCGUGCAUGGUCCAUGGUGAAGGCAUUCUCUGACCUUUUGUUGUAACUCGAGCGGCAAUGCUG